CACCAUUCUGUUCCAAGCUAACUAAGUGACACUACGCCAGUUGAGUUUGUGAACUUUACAAAUUGUUGUGACAUAGUUUCGAUUGCAGUUGCAAUAAUCCUGAUUACUGAUAAUUACAUUGAUAUUGACAAUACUACAGUGCUGAUAACGAGUGAUUGUAGAACUGUGUGAAGUUAAAGUGAGAAUUCGUGCCCAAGGUUUGGAGUUUCCAAAAAUUUGUGAAAAUUUGAAAAGUAUAAACCUGACCAGCAAAAUGUACGACGAAUCAGUGGUUCCUGUGAAGAUGGAGUCUUUCAGUGGUGUUGCGGCUAAAAGCCCAAUCAGCCAUUGCAUCAAGACAGUGCUAGGGAGAGCCUGUGUGGAGAAGAGAGUAACGAUCGGGCUUCUGCCAGCUAUUCAGUACCUCUCCAAGAACACCAACGGAGCCCUGUUCUGCCUGACCGCAGCAGCGCCGCCUGGUGACAGCGCCACACACAUGCAAGAAGUCUUAUUACAAGCUUUUUGCGCCGAGAAUGACAUUUACGUAAUCAAGGUGGAUUCCGAUCAAAAAUUGAAGAGGAUGCUCGGCUUCAGCGAGACACGAAUGGAUUUCAGCUGCAUCCUCGUCCACUACCCUUAUACCGACCCCUUCACUGACAGCCAAGAGAUCGACCUGUCCGUCCUCUCAGAGUCCGAGAAAGACUUGAUCGAGCACUGCGAAAACAACUGGGACUACGCUCAGAUGCCAGUCAUCAAGCUGCCAGAAAAGUGAAUAAUGAACACUGACGAUUUUGGAACAAAAAAAAUCUAAUCGGUCGCACCAUUUCGGCCAUUACAUUCUUACUUUGGCGUUUAACGCCAUCUAGUGUAUGGUUUAAACUUGUGUCCCUUGGACUUGUGUGUAUCAAUUGAAUUGUAUACUUGUUUUUGUAAUUUCCAUAACACUAGAAGUUAUAUUGUAAGAUGCGAUGUGCAUUUGUAUUAUAUAGAAGUUAUGCGUAGGAGGUUUUUACGAUUGUAAGCGUUCAAAAUGUUGUUUGCCAAUGUUUGGCUUUUGUACUGUUGUAGGUACUCAUGUUGUACUUUUUAAAAAGAUGUUAGACGAUGAGUUCAUUUAUAAAAUAAUCUUAAAAUAUGAAUAGAAUUUUCCAUUUUUCUUAAAUCCAAUAAAAGAGUUACAAU